AUAUUUAGCUGGGAUCUAAAUAUUUAAUUAGAAGAUAGGUAUUUAGUUUGCAAACUAAAUGUUAAAAAUGAUUACAAACAUUACAAGUGGCACCCUAUAAAAAUUUGCAUGAAUUACAAUUUCCAUUGUUUAAAGGAGAAUCUUUGAGCAGAUUCCAAGGUCGGUUUCACAUACAGGUAAAUGUUUAAUCUGUGCAUCAUCUGCAAAACCUCAGUUUCAUGUUUUGUUUUUUGUUUUUUUGCCCACAUCUACAGUGGACAAGCAAACAUAAAGACAUAGCUGCCACAAAAAUCAGAACUCCACCAUGACCUGUGCCCCAACUCACCACAACAAAGAGAGCCAAACACAACGGUGUGAACACACACCUAGUUCAGAGCCACACACACUCACAAACUACAUCUGAGUCUGAUUCUUUCCAUUUCUUGACAUGAAUCUGGCUAGACGAUUAAGCAUGUUUCCAUUUAACAGUUUUCAGGUCUGACUUUCUAAAAUAAAAGAAAACUUAUCAAUAUUUUUAGCUCAUUUAAAUUUGCAGUUUGGCUACUUUUCAGUUAAAACGAUGUUCAAACAAGUUUUAAAACCAGUAAACAGCUAUUUUCUAAAAAUCAUUUUAAAGCUUAAACUGAUUAACUUCAUGACAUAAAAUCAAACUCACGCAAAGUGAAUACAAGUUUUCUGCAUGUAAAGGUGAAGAAAUAGCCUGAAUUUCCAAAACCAGAACCAAAAACUUUAUAUUUAACAAAAGUUCUGUCACCUUCCUUUCUGUGUCCUAUAAGUUUUAUGAAUGUCUCAUGAUCACUGUAAAUUCCCACUUUUACCGAAACACGCAAAUUCUGUCAGCUCUCGAAUGAAUGUUCCAGGCUGCUGCAGAACCUGCAUGAUUUUAAUCUUAUCGUUCUUCUUUCAUCUCAAUCAACUCUACAUGUCAAAUGCGCGCACACACACACACACACACACACACACACACACACACACACACACACACACACACACACACACACACACACACACACACACACACAAUAAUUACUGCAAUUAAACCCUUUACUGAUUAUUGUAUUACUGGAGACAUCACUUCAUUCUUUCUUUUGUUUUGUAAAUAAUAAAUUCACAAACUCGAACCUCUGAAGCAGGGAGGAAUGCUCUAGAACCAAACGGCACCUGCUCAACGGAAGAGCGACAUGCUGGAGGAAUGAGGCUGUGAGGGCGGACUACGACUUCCUGUUGUGGCUUUUGUCACCAGUGUGUUAAUCUGCAAGCUUCAUGCGAUCUCAAAGUGUGGGUGUCUAUUGCUAAAUGCCUCAUUUAGGCAUAUAACUCCUCACAGCUCCUCUGUGCAGAACCAACAAUAAUGUAAAACCGGGUUCUGUUGGGUUUGUUCUGCUAGGAAAAAGCAGCUGUUAUAAAGGAGAACAGUUUCCUUCCUUAUUCCAGGACUUUCAGACCAGGUCCGGCUUCAUUCUCCUAGGUCUCAGUAUGUCCAUCGACCCAGCGAGCGAGCUUCCUUUCUUCUAUGGCAGCAUCAGUCGCUCAGACGCCGAGCAGCACCUGAAGCUGGCCGGCAUGGCCGACGGCCUCUUCUUGUUGCGCCAGUGUCUCCGCAGCCUUGGAGGCUACGUCCUGUCUGUUGUGUGGAACCUGGACUUCCAUCAUUACUCCAUAGAGAAGCAGCUUAAUGGCACUUAUUGCAUCCCGGGAGGGAAGCCUCACUGUGGGCCCGGGGAGCUCUGUGAGUACUACAGCAAAGACGCGGACGGGCUGGUGUGCCUGCUAAAGAAACCUUGCCUGCGUUCCGCAGACACACAGAUAAAGUCCGGAGUUUUUGACAAAAUGAGGGAGAACAUGCUGAGGGAGUACGUGAAGCAGACCUGGAAUCUGGAGGGGGAAGCCAUGGAGCAGGCCAUCAUCAGUCAAGCUCCUCAGCUGGAGAAGCUGAUUGCCACCACAGCCCAUGAGAAGAUGCCCUGGUAUCACGGGAAAAUCAACCGACAUGAAGGAGAGAGACGGCUUUACUCCGGAGCUCAACAUGACGGCAAGUUUCUAGUCAGAGACAAAGAGGAAGCUGGUACGUUUGCUCUCUCCGUCAUGUAUGGAAAAACUGUUUACCACUAUCAGGUCAUCCAGGACAAAUCUGGAAAACUGUCAAUGCCAGAUGGAACAAAGUUUGACACAAUCUGGCAGCUGGUCGAGUAUCUGAAGAUGAAGCCUGAUGGCCUGGUGACCGUCCUCGGGGAGGCCUGCGUCAAUGGCAAAGCUGCUGAGAAGACUCGCAGUCUUCCUCCAACUAGACGACAUGCAGCAAACGGAUACACACCCCCACCUAGAGCGAUACCCUUGAAACCAGCUACUGCCGUCGCUCAGGACCAUGACCUUCUACCCAUGGACUGUAACGGAUUCAACCCGUAUCACAACCCAAACGACAUCAAGAAGUUCAACAUCCAGAGAGAUCAGCUGAUGGUGGAUGAGGUGGAGCUUGGUUCUGGGAACUUUGGAUGUGUCAAGAAGGGGGUCCUCAAAACCAACUCGGGUCAUGAAGACGUGGCCAUCAAAAUACUGAAGAGCGAGAAUGAAAAGCUGGUGAAGGAGGAGAUGAUGAGGGAGGCGGAGAUCAUGCACCAGCUGAGUAACCCGUUCAUCGUCCGAAUGCUGGGCCUGUGCAACGCUGAGCAUCUGAUGCUCGUCAUGGAGAUGGCUGGUGCCGGUCCUCUCAACAAAUUCCUCUCCUCCAAAAAGGAUACCGUAUCUGUGGAAAACAUUGUCAACCUGAUGCAUCAGGUAUCAAUGGGGAUGAAGUACUUGGAGGAGAAGAACUUUGUUCACAGAGAUCUGGCUGCUCGAAACGUCCUGCUGGUCAACCAACAAUUCGCCAAAAUCAGUGACUUUGGGCUCUCGAAGGCGCUGGGAGCCGAUGACAGCUACUAUAAAGCUCGUACUGCAGGAAAAUGGCCAAUAAAGUGGUACGCUCCAGAAUGUAUAAACUUUCACAAAUUCUCCAGCAAAAGUGACGUGUGGAGUUAUGGAAUCACCAUGUGGGAGGCCUUUUCCUAUGGAGGGAAACCCUACAAAAAAAUGAAAGGGCCAGAGGUGACGCGCUUCAUCGAAGGCGGGGGUCGUAUGGAGUGUCCUGCAGCAUGUCCAGAGAGAAUGUAUGCAGUGAUGAAUGAGUGCUGGACAUACUCGCACGAGGACCGCCCCGACUUCAAGAAGGUUGAGGAGACCAUGAGGUCUUAUCAUUACUCCUUAUCCGGCAAGGCCAAGCUUGAGGGAGCAGAAGGAGCCACAGCAGCUGCCGAGCCAUAGACAGAAAAAGGACCAUUCUAUCUGAAACGGAGCACAAAGCGUCCUUUCAACCAAUCGUUAAACAACCAAAACAAUGAGCGUUUUAUGAGCAGUGCACACUGACGGGCUUUGACUACAGUGCUGUUACAGCUAAGCAGGCCUCAAUGACUAUAAAUGUGCAUUUGCAAAUUAGAGGUCAGAGUUUCUGCUGUGCAAAGAGGGUCUGUACGGUCGUCCUGUCAUGAUUUGAAUGUUAAGUGUUCACAUGGGAUUAAGGAAAUACUUCUAUAUUCUGGUGUUUCUAUAAUAAUAUUGGGACUAUAUGAUGCAUGAGGUACUUUUAAUAUUAUUAUCUGUGUACUCUCUGCCUAGAAGGAUUUUUAUUCCAGAAAAUAACAGAGUUGGUUUGUUCUGACAUACCUUGAUCAAAAAUUGUUUUAAUGCCAUAUAAUCAUGUGAAUCAUGUAAAUGCUGCAGCAUGAGUGUGUGAGUAUGUAAAAAUAUGACUGUUCAAUUUUUAAGUGCUGAAACACAAAGAGCCUGCAUGUUUCAAAGAUUUGACAGAGAAGGGAGUAAAACACGAGAAAUCAUGAACAAAUGAGAGUAUUUUUUACCACAGCAGAAUGUGUUAAUGUUGUGUGGGAAGGACAAAAUAAUCACAGUCAACAAAAACUUAAGUGAAAGCAUGAACAUGUUUCCUCAUCUUGAGAGGAUUUAUUAUUUCUUUGUGCUUUAUUCAAACAUCUGUAACAAAAGGGCUUGUUUUUGUGAUGGUUCGUUGUUAAAUUUAUGAGCCUGGAUGUUUGACAUGAAUGUUUUUAAUGUCAGUAAUUUAAACAAGUUUUGUGGUUUGCCUUUACUUGUGUUACAAAAGAAAUGAGGUUAGUCAGGGUGGCUCUUGUCAUCUGAAACAGCCUGAUGAGAGGAAGCGCUCCUGCUCUGCCAGGCAACACUCAAAAAUACACCGAAGUUGUCAAAUUACUCUUCAAAAUAAAGUUCUCACAGUUUUGAAAGUUUUGAGCAGUGAAUUUAAAUGUUCUAUUUUCUAUUUUUGUUCUAUUUUCACCAAAA